AUGGAGCAGGAUUCCAUACAAUUUGUUCGUAAAUGUCAUGAAUGUCAAAACCACGGUGAUUUGAUACAUUCUUCUCCGUCAGAGUUGCAUGUAAUGUAUGCCCCAUGGCCUUCUGUGGUGUGGGGAAUGGAUUUUAUUGGACCAAUAGAACCAAAAGCGUCAAAUGGUCAUAGGUUCAUCCUGGUGGCCAUUGAUUAUUUUACAAAGUGGGUGGAAGCAGUAACUUUCAAGUCAAUGACCAAAAAGGUCGUGGUAGAUUUCAUUCAUUUCAACAUCAUCUGUCGAUUCGGUAUUCCAAAGGAAAUUGUUACCAAUAAUGCUGCAAAUCUCAACAGCCGUUUAAUGCAAGAGAUACUUCGUAAAAUGGUGCAACGUUCUCGACAAUGUCAUGCAAAGUUGCCUUUUGCUUUGUUAGGUUAUCGCACUACAGUACGUACAUUAGUAGGUGCCACCCCCUAUUCGUUGGUAUAUGGGACUGAGGUAGUUAUACCUGCAGAGGUUGAGAUUCCAUCCCUACGAAUUGUCGUAGAGGCUAAAAUCGAUGAUGAUAAGUGGAUCAGAACAUGGUUGGAGCAACUAAGCUUGAUUGAUGAGAAGCAAUUGACAUCAGUAUGUCAUGGACAAUUGUACUAG